GAUCACAAUGGCUUUCCGGUCGCCUCUGUUGACUCUGUUUGCGGCUGCCCUCCUGUUUCUGGGCGUGUGCACCGCUCGAAGCAUCCCUACGCGGCGUUCGCCAGUAUCUCUUUCCUCCUUCGAUCAUGAUCUCGAUUCGGUAGAGAUCUGGACGCGUCGGGUACAUGAUUCUGGAUCUGAUUCUGAUGAUGCAUCUACCUCGAGUACCUCAACUACUUCAAGCUCCACAACCAAUAGCAACAACGACAACUCUGACCACGACAACGAUGCCACCUCAUCCAGCAGCACCAGCGAUACAUGCCUCAAGGCAAAGAACGUGACUCGCAUUAUCCAGAAUGACGACGGCUACGGCUCUUACUACUCCUCUGGAAUCGGCAGCGAAAACAGCACCGCCGGCGGCACAACUCCUGAUGGUUCCGGUACAGCACCACGCUUCGAUAACAGCACGGGUGCCUUUGUAACGCUUGCCGAUGACAAUGCUGCCAACGCCGUCGACAUCAAGGACCAGCAUUACCUCAGCUACCUUGGCGGCGCGGCCGUCCCCUUCAAGUCUGGCGACCACUCGCCCAACGGCGUCUCGCCCAAGAAGCUGAAUAACCUGCCCUUUACCACCGUUGACGAAAACAAUGUGAAAGACGGCUCCUGUGCUGUCCCAAACACCUCCUACGCCUACGAUUACCAGUCCAAAUACAGCCUCGGUUCCGCUGGCAACGUUCCCGUUUACUGUCUCUGUGAUCCGUAUGGGUUGUGCGGGUGUGACGACCACCACGGGAACAGCAGCUUUGUGGAUGCCAUGCUGGCGUAUAUGGGCCUGGGAGAUGAAGCGAAGAAUAUCUCGAGGAUCUGCACCGUCUCGUUGGACGGCGCUACCACCAUCCUUGUUGAUGGAGGGUUGUCGAAUGGGUCGACCAAGGCGGAUCCUGAUGCUGAUGAGGUCCUGGCUCGUGUGCCUAGGACGAAAAGCACCAGGUGCGGUGGAAAUGGUGGGACUGGGGCGGCUGUCGCUGUUUCAGUUAACAGUUGGUCACUUGGGGUGAUCUCGCUGGCGGUUGCUUCACUCGUCUGGCUGUAGAAGGGUUUCAGCCUACAAUGUAUAUUAAUAGAUAUGUAAUGAUGAAGUCCACAGCAUGUUC